ACAGGUGGUUGGUAAGCGUGUUUCCUCUUAGGCGUGUCUGACUCUUAUCUGACAGCUUUCACUUCUGCCUGGCUGCUGCAGUCGGACGAUCGCUGCUGCUGCAGAGAUGAGCUUCUACAGCGAUGAGGACGUGAGCGACGAGCUGGAGACUUUGGGGUGGUACCACUAUGACCUGUCCCGCCAUGCUACAGAGGCCCUGCUCUUGUCCAAUGGCACCGAUGGAAGUUACCUCCUGAGGAACAGCAACGAGGGACCAGGCUGCUUUGCCCUGUCUGUCAGGGCGAAGGAUUCAGUCAAACAUUUUCAUGUGACGCGAAAAGACAAAAGCUACGCUUUUGGCUUCAAUGAGUUUGCGACCCUUCAUGACUUUGUCAGCCACUUUGCCAACCAACCUCUGCUGGGCAGUGAUGCAGGAACCCUGAUUGUGCUGAAAUGUCCGUACCCGUGGCGCGUGGAGGAGCCGUCCAUCUACGAGUCGGUGCGAGUUCACACGGCCAUACAGACGGGCCGCACAGAAAAUGACCUUGUGGCGAAUGCAACAUCGCUGGGCACAAAGGAAGGAUAUCUGGUCAAACAAGGAGUAUUUGUGAAGAACUGGAAACAGAGGUGGUUCACGCUCAACAGAUACAAAUUGAAAUACUUCAAAGACAAAAUGUGUGAGGAGCCCAUUCGCACCCUGGAUCUGAGAGCCUGCUCUGCAGUACAGUUUGACUACUCUCAGGACAGAGUCAACUGCUUCUGCCUGGUGUUUCCUGAGAGGACAUUCUAUCUCUGUGCAAAGACGGCUGUGGAGGCAGACGAGUGGAUCAAGAUUCUACAGUGGAAAUUGUCCCAGUUAAGAAAAGGCAGAUGACCUGCCAUGAGUGGAGACACAGGAGAUGGAUGGAAGUCCCACCUUCAUGAAAGGAUGUCACAUCAGUUGGGUGACCAGUGAAGAACACCUGUUCAGGACUGAGGAGGACACCUGACCAAAAAUCAACACUUGGAUGCAUUUCCCGAAGUGUGCUGACCGGAGGCUAACAACUUGGAUCGACGCGAUUCCAUUUUGCUUUAAGACGUAUUUAUUUUGCGCACGGAGAUGCUUCGUUUCUCAUGCGUCUUCGUUAGUGGUUUUACUUGGCUGCUUUUUAAAAAAAUUCUCCAGAGUAUGGCUGUUCCUACUGCUGUAUGUUGAACAUGAACAUUAACAUUAUCAGAUAUUUUAAGAACUGGAUUAUUGUGUAGGAUUCUUCUAUAAGACUAAAACUAACAAUGUAGGGUUUGUUGUUUGGGGUCAGUUUGUCUCUCAACACCUCCUGAAUACCCCGUCCAGUCUGUUGCAAGGCCCCGACACCACCGGUUCUUAUUGAAGAGAAAACAAUCUUCACUAAUACUGCAUGCAGUUAAAUUUUUUCCCCUAAAGGCUCUGCAUUUUUAGGAUUUAGCUUUGUAGAAAUCUGUGCAUCUGUUGGGUCUUAUUUUCAGUCGCAGAUUAAUCCACAUCUGGCACUUUAGAGUUUAUUUCUUGCAACAGGAUGGUGGGUGAUUUAUCAUUGCUAUAGAUCUGCACAUUGUUUUUUGAGGAAACAUUUUUUGAAUAUUUCCAGCUUUGAUUCUUGGUUCACUCCUGACCAAGAAAAGACAGUUUAGUAAUAGUACUGCAGUAUUUAGAUGUGUUGUAAUUCAUGUAAAAAUUACAAUUUAUUACAUUACAAAAUAAAAUAAAACAGGUAAUUGCAAUAUGUUACCAGUAGAAACUAUAAACAAAAGACCUAGUGUCGUGGAGCCAACUUCCUCCAUUCCCAAUCUGUCGCCUGUGUGCUCAGAGGAAGGUGCAUAUUCCUCCUGUCAUCUGAUCAACAUUUAUGAGUUUAUUGUGUUAGAGAAACUUGUCCACUCAUCCUGAUCACACGGGGGUUUUCUGUGUGGGGACUUUAUCUCCCUAUAACCUGCCUAAGUGAUGAACUUAAUGAAAUAGUUUUUGUGUCCUGUCUGAAUAAAUAAUUUUUUACCUGGAAAA